AUGAAAAAACUUUUAAAAGAUAAAAAAAUUUCAUUUCUCCCAGAUGAAUUGGGUAAAUGUACAUUGUACAAUAACAAUUGUUAUAAAGAAAAAAGAACAGAACAAUUAGAUGAAUUAGAUUCUGGUCCAUUUAUUUUUGAAAAACAUCGAUUUAUGGUUGGCAGCUCAGAUGAGACUAUUAAUAAAAUUAAUAAUGCUAAACUUGAUGAUAUUGACAGAAAAACAAAAUUAUGUAAUAAAUCUAUAAGUUAUUAUUAA